GCGCGCCGCCGUUUUCUCGUCUCGUGCAGCGCAGUUCGCUCGAGCGGUCUGAACAAUGACUGCGCGAGAGGAUGAUGCGAGUCUGGAGAAAUGCGUGAUUUAACACCAGUACUGUACAUUGCGCUGUUUUAUACGCUUUUUUCAAAACAAACACCAUGAAUAUGUGGAUUCCUACAGAACACGAGAAAUACGGAGUCGUGCUGGCCAGUUUCCGAGGAACAGUACAGCAUGGCUUGCCUUUGGAGAUCGGUGACACGGUGCAGAUCCUAGAGAAAUGUGAAGGUUGGUACAGAGGAUUCGUCCUCAAGAACCCGAAUGCCAAGGGCAUUUUCCCAUGCAACUACAUUCAUCUGAAGAAUGCGCAUAUCAAGAAUAAGGGGCAGUUUGAGACGGUGAUGCCGACUGAAGACUCUGUCAUUACGGAGAUGACGUCCACCCUGAGGGACUGGGGUGCCAUGUGGAAGCAGCUCUUUGUGAAAAAUGAAGGAGAUCUCUUUCACAGACUGUGGCAUGUGAUGAAUGAGAUUUUGGACCUUAGGCGGCAGGUUUUGGUGGGUCACCUGACCCACGACCGCAUGAGGGAUGUCAAACAGCACAUCACGGCACGUCUGGACUGGGGCAAUGAGCAGCUGGGUUUGGACCUGGUACCCAGAAGAGAGUUCAGCAUGGUGGACCCGGAUGAAAUCAGCGUCACCGAGCUCUACCGACUGAUGGAGCAUCGACACCGAAAGAAAGAAACUCCGACUCCUGUCAGCACACAUCACCUGUUUGUCCAUUUGAAGAGUCUGAUGAGCUCAAACCUGGGUGAAGAACUGGAGGUCUUUUUCUUUAUCUAUGAUAGUCGAGAGAACAAACCGCUCAGUGAAAGGUUCUUUGUUAAACUCAAUAAAAACGGUCUGCCCAAGUUUCCAGAGAAGACUGAAAGACAAUGCACACUUUUUGUGGAUCUGGGGAGCGGCGACCUGAGAAAAGACGUGUAUAUUGUCGUUCACAUCAUUCGGAUUGGGAGGAUGGGUGCAGGAGAGAAGAAGAACACGUCUAAUGUGCAAUACAGGCGUCCAUUCGGCUGUGCUGUGGUCAGCAUCGCUGAUCUCCUCACUGCUGACUCCAAAGACGACCACCUGCUGAAGGUUUAUGCUUGCAACACAGAGAGCGAUUGGAGUCAAACACACGACAACAUCAUUAAAAAAGUCAACUCCAGAUACAACCUUUCAGGCUCCAACACAGGUCUGGCGGUGGCACUCCAGUUGCUGCACGGCGACAUUGAACAGCUGCGGAGAGAGUACAUGGUCCUUUUCACCAGAGGAGUGUCCAUAACCAAAAAACUGGGCUUCUCUGAUGUCAUCAUGCCAGGUGAGAUGCGAAAUGAUCUAUACAUCACACUGGAGAAGGGUGAAUUCGAGAAGGGAGGGAAGAGCGUGGCGAGAAACGUGGAGGUCACAGUCUACGCGCUGGACACCGAUGGACAGAUUCUCAAGGGGUUUGUGGCCGUGGGCUCGGGCGAGCCGGGCGGAGACGAGUAUCACACCUUCGUGCUUUACCACAACAACAGCCCGCGAUGGUCAGAGCUAAUAAAGCUGCCCAUUCCUGUCGACAUGUUCCGGGGCUCUCACGUCCGGUUCGAGUUCCGCCACUGUUCCACGAAAGACAAGGGGGAGAAGAAGCUCUUCGGAUUCUCAUUCGUUCCUCUAAUGCAGGAAGACGGGCGGACUCUGCCCGACGGCACCCACGAGCUCAUCGUUCAUAAGUGUGAGGAGAACGCUAACCUGCAAGACUGUGCUCGCUACCUCAAACUGCCCUUCUCAAAAUCAAAUCUGCCCGGCAACAACCAAACUGUGAAAGGCACUAAGGAAUCCCUGUGGAUCACUUCAUUCCUUUGUUCUACCAAACUCACUCAGAACGGUGACAUGCUGGACUUACUGAAGUGGAGAGCCCAUCCGGAGAGAAUCAGUGACAGCCUGUCUAAACUCAAAGAGAUCGAUGGCUCAGAAAUAGUUAAGUUUUUACAGGAUACACUGGACACACUUUUCGGCAUUUUGGACGAGAGCUCACAGAGAUAUGCACUGAAGGUGUUUGAUUGUCUGGUCCACAUUAUAAACUUGCUCCAGGAUAGCAAGUUUGAGCAUUUUAAACCAGUCAUGGACACCUACAUUGAAAGCCACUUUGCAGGAGCCCUGUCAUACAGGGAUCUGAUCAAGGUGUUGAAGUGGUACGUGGACCGCAUUAUUGAAGCGGACCGUCAGGAACACAUCCAACAGGUGCUAAAGGCGACAGAGUAUAUUUUUAAGUAUAUUAUCCAGUCGCGACGGCUGUUUGCCCUAGCCACAGGCGGACAGAGUGAGGAGGAGUUCCGCUGCUGUAUGCAUGAGCUUUUCAUGUCCAUCCGCUUCUUCCUCUCGCAGGAGAACAAGGGCUCACGGCCCAUCACGCAGACACAGGCAGUGUUUCUGCAGCAAUUCCCGGCAGUGUACGGGGAGUUGUUGAAGCUCUUUACUGUCAGGGAAGUGGCCACGUUUGUACGGGAGACAUUGGGAAGCCUCCCCACCGCCUCCCAGGCAGACUGCCCCCUAGAGGCCGUCAAACUGCACUGCAUCACUAAAACCGUAGAGAGCCAACUCUACACCAACCCUGAGUCUAGAUGUAUUCUGCUCCCGGUGGUAUUGCGUUUGCUCCAGGCCCACAUGCAGGAGCAGCGAGAUCUUGUCAUGUGUGCUCACAUACUCACCUGCAUGCUGUCCCUCCUCAAGAAGGACGAUGCGGAGCAGACCGCAUCCGAGGAGGUCGAUCUGAUUGUGGAGAGUGUUUUGGGUGUGUUACUGCGGACCAUACUGGAAGUUUCUAACAGGCCCCAACCAGCAGGACCUACACUACGACCCCAAGUUCAAGACGUUACGGGGGAGUUUGUGUCGUGUCUCUUGGCUCUGUUGAGGCAUAUGAAGGACAGACACUACCAGCAACUCCUGCAGAGGUUCACUAGUAAAGACGACCUGCGGGACUUUCUCCUGCAUAUCUUCACUGUGUUUCGGAUCCUGAUAAGACCAGAGAUGUUCCCCAAAGACUGGACGGUCAUGCGGCUCGUCACCAACAACAUCAUCAUCACCACUGUGCUCUACCUGUCAGAUGCUUUAAGAAAAAACUUUCUCAGUGACAAGUUUGACUACAAGGUGUGGGACUCCUACUUCUGCCUGUCUGUUAUAUUCAUCAACCAGUCCUGCCUUCAGCUCGAGACCUUCUCUGCAUCAAAGAGGAAGAAAAUACUGGAAAAGUACGGAGACAUGCGUGUCAUGAUGGGAUGUGAGAUUUUCAGCAUGUGGCAGAAUUUAGGAGAGCACAAGCUGAACUUCAUCCCAGCAAUGAUUGGCCCAUUCCUGGAGGUGACACUGGUGCCUCAGCCGGACCUGAGGAACGUGAUGAUCCCAAUCUUUCACGACAUGAUGGACUGGGAGCAGCGCAGAAGCGGCAACUUCAAACAGGUGGAAGCAAAACUUAUUGACAAGCUGGACAGCCUCAUGUCAGAGGGAAAAGGAGAUGAAACGUACAGAGAGCUCUUCAAUAGCAUUCUAUUGAAGAAGAUCGAAAGGGAGACGUGGAGGGAGAGCGGGAUAUCCCUCAUAGCCACGGUCACACGGCUGAUGGAGCGACUGCUGGACUACAGAGACUGUAUGAAGUUGGGAGAAGUGGAUGGAAAAAAGAUUGGCUGUACAGUCAGUCUGCUGAACUUCUACAAAACGGAGCUGAAUAAAGAGGAAAUGUACAUCCGCUACAUUCACAAGCUGUAUGACCUGCAUCUGAAAGCACAGAACUACACAGAGGCCUCGUAUACACUUCUGCUCUACGACGAGCUUCUGGAAUGGUCUGAGAGGCCCCUGCGGGAGUUUCUGAGUUACCCGAUGCAGAGCGAGUGGCAGAGGAAGGAGUACCUGCAUCUCACCAUCAUCCAGAACUUUGACCGUGGAAAGUGUUGGGAGAAUGGCAUCAUCCUGUGCAGAGAGUUAGCGGACCAGUACGAAUCCUACUACGAUUACAGAAACCUCAGCAAAAUGAGGAUGAUGGAAGCUUCAUUUUACGAUAAAAUAAUGGACCAACAGCGGCUGGAGCCAGAGUUCUUCAGAGUGGGCUUCUACGGCAAAAAGUUCCCCUUCUUUCUACGGAAUAAGGAGUUUGUGUGCCGUGGUCAUGACUACGAGCGUCUGGAGGCGUUCCAGCAGCGCAUGCUCAAUGAGUUCCCUCAUGCCAUCGCAAUGCAACACGCCAACCAGCCUGACCAGACCAUCUACCAGGCUGAAGCCCAAUGUAUCCUCCAGACAUCUCUUGUCUUUCCUGGUCACUCACAUACUUGCAUGCCAACUCAGACUCUUAUGCUUGCAGAUGACAUUGCACGUUCCCUGACGAACUUUCAUGCAGAUCUGCAGAUCUAUGCUGUCACACCAAUCCCAGACAGCCAGGACGUCCUGCAACGUGACGGUGUCCCUGACAACAUCAAGAGCUUCUAUAAGGUCAACCACAUCUGGAGGUUUCGUUACGACCGGCCGUUUCACAAGGGUACCAAAGACAAAGAGAAUGAGUUUAAGAGCCUGUGGGUAGAAAGAACGACAUUAACACUUGUACAGAGUCUCCCAGGCAUCUCCCGCUGGUUUGAAGUGGAGAGGAGGGAACUGGUGGAGGUGAGUCCACUGGAGAAUGCUAUUGAGGUUAUCGAGAACAAGAACUUGCAGUUGCGGACGUUGAUUACGCAGUGUCAAACCCGGCAGAUGCAGAACAUCAAUCCCUUGACCAUGUGUCUCAACGGAGUCAUCGACGCCGCUGUCAACGGAGGUCUCGCUCGCUAUCAAGAGGCGUUCUUCGUGAAGGACUACAUCAUGAAUCACCCCGAAGAUGGAGACAAAAUUGGUCGUCUCCGAGAGCUCAUGUUUGAGCAGGCUCACAUACUGGAGUUUGGUUUGACUGUGCAUGAGAAGUUUGUACCUCAAGACAUGCGACCCCUGCACAAGAAACUGGUGGAUCAGUUUCAUCUCAUGAAAUCCAGCCUCGGCAUACAGGAAUUUCCGGCCUAUGUGCGAGCCAGCCCAAUCCACUUCACCAACGGAAGCCCUCGAGCCGGAAGAAACUCAGCGCCCAAUAUAAUGAAUCCAGAGGGAGGAGCGCGUGUGGUGUCACGCCGCAGUCCCCUCAGCUACCCAGCAGUCAACCGCUACUCUUCAUCCUCGCUGUCAUCGCAGGCGUCCAAUGAAGUGAGCAACAUCACGGGCCAAUCGGAGAGCUCGGAUGAAGUCUUCAACAUGCAGCCAAGUCCGUCUACCUCAAGUCUCAGUUCCAAUCACUCGGCCUCUCCCAACGUGACCAGCUCAGCUCCGUCCAGUGCCAGAGGUUCUCCACAGUUGUCAGAUAAACACAAGCAUUCCCGAGAGAAUUGCCUCUCACCGAGAGAGAGACCCUGCAGCGCCAUAUAUCCAAACCCCCUGGAUCCCACACAGAGGCCGGUCCCACACCCAGCGGGCGAUGCCUCCAUGCCUCGCAGUGACCCCAACAUCUCUACCCCCGACAAAGUGGUGAAGCCUGCACCUAGUAGCUGGAGUCUAGACAUGCCGCCCUCUGAUUUUAAUGGAAAGGGCCCCCCUGUUCCUCCUAGACCACCAUACACAGGAUCUCCUGCCAAGACUACACGAUCACAGUCCCCUGUGAUGACAUCACGCUCGCCUCAGAAGACCUCUGCGCCUCCGUUCACCCCUUCGCCCACAGAGUGCCAAACUACAGGGUUGGUGUCAAAUUCUCCGGUGCUUUCUGGAAGCUACAGCAGCGGCAUCUCGUCUCUCAGUCGCUGUAGCGUCUCUGAGGCCUCCGGAACUGAGAACACAUCCACUGACCACGCCCUCCCAAACUCCGCCUCCAGCGGCUCAGACGAGCUCAUUCGUCGGGAGAACAAGACUCCGCCUCCUUACAGCAUACACGAGCGGAACAACCCCCGCAGACAGGUCCCGCUUCCACCGAGCUUGUCGAUUCCUCCAAGCAUUGAUGCGCCGCCCAUUCCGCCCAAACCGCACCAGAUUCGAAGACAAGAUACUGAACCACGUCGACCCGACCAGUUUCCCAGACCCCGACCCAUUCCUAGGAAAGUCUCACAGCUCUAACGCUGCACCCCUCACACCGACCCCACCAUUUGCACUUUUACACUUAACCUCUCUGGGUUUACGAUUAUAAACUCCCAGUUAUAAAAUAGACUGUGGAAUAUUUUUAAUAUAUAAAUAUAUAUUUAGAGCGAGAGGGGAUAUAGGGGUAUGACUGCAUUUUAUGCACUUUUUAGGUUUGAAAUUAUAGGUUCGCUUGUCAAAUUACCCAAGACCCUAAAUUAACUCUAAACAAAACUUAGUACCAUGGUAUUUUCUCAGAUUUUUCAUAGAUUUAUCAAUGCUAAUGUGUAUUUAUAGUGAUUGAAACAAGACAUGUUUUGCCUUAAGAGUCUUUUUAUCAAUGAGAAAUGCACGAUUAAAAGUUCUUUGUACUUUUAAAUAGACAAAAGGUGCUAGAAGUCCUCUAUAUUAAUGUUAGCACAAAAUGUUCAAGAUUGCAUUUUCCUUUGAGUCUAAGGCCUAUUCACACCGAAUGAGAGAAGAAAAAAAAUUUGUGGUAAAAUAUUAGAACAUUGCUGAAGUAGUUUUAAAAGAGAAUACAGCCUCAUGAAUCUGAAGCUUUGGAAUUUAAGUUGAUAAAGUAUGGGCAAAAUAGUAAUUAAUUGCAGAUUUUUUAGGGAAAAUAUAUAGACAUCCAUUGCAAAAGCCUCUAAAAGCCACAUCAGUCAAAAAUGAGAUUACAAUACUGCAUGAAUGCUGUCCACACAUGGUAUAUGUUCAUCAAAUUCUUUCACUUCAAACCCGCUAAAUCUCUCAUUUUAAAGAAAACUGUCAGAUGGACUUAGUCUUUUGCUUCUGAAAUCUUCAUAUAGUUCAUGAGGCGACUAAAGCAGCACUUUUUCACAGUUCCCUUAUCUGUCCUGUGGUUUUAUAUUUAUGCACAUUUAUUAUAUAUGCACAUAUUUUAUUAGUGGACUUUCAAAUGAAACUGGGUUUAUGCCUGUAGUACAAAGGGUUCAUGAAGUAGUACGGUAUUUUUGUGUUCAAAAAGGGGUGUACAAAGAUGACAUUAUUCCUAUGUCUAAUGCCAUUACACCGGUUAACUAAAUGGCUUAAGCGUCACCAAUGUGCUAAACUGUGCAGUUGCAGCAGUGGCUCAGGAAACAAAAAAUGCCUGUGUCAUUGAUCAGUUAGUUUUCUUUGCAGUCUGAAGAAAUAAAUAAAAAAAAUGCUUUCAGUUUAAAAUGCACUCGGUGUGAAUAGGCCUUUAGAAAGCUCAUUGCUUCUAUAAGACCAAGUUACCAUAGUCUCUAUUCUUAUUACUGAAAAUCCACAUGCAAAGAGCUCUCAUGGGUUAGACAAAUCAUGUAAACUUUCACCAUAUGAACUGCCACAUUUGCAUCGACUAAUGUGAGUGUAAUCAAGAGGAGUACCUCCGGCCCAUUUGUGUAAAUGGAGCGCGAUUGUCUGCGAUAAUCGCGCUCCAAACUAUCAAGCAUUGAUAGUUUCUUUAAGUUUCUUUAGAGUUUGGGGUCUGAAUGAUUAGAACCCGUGUAGGUGGUCCGAAUAAAUCCCAACAAGGGUUUCCAUACAGAGCGCACAUGCCCACGUAGUGUAAAUGGAGAUAUACUUUUGUGGAGUUUUGCCAAGUGUUGUGCCAAAGGAACAGGUGGGCUGUAAGAAAAAUGGAUGUCUUGAACUCGAAGAUGCUUUAUUAGGAUGCAAAUGGAGCGUUAGACAUCCACUGUAAUAGACUUCACUGUAAGGACUCAACGGUGCACCGGACCACUUUACGGUGCCUCGUUACCGUACGGCUGCUGGUUGUCUGAAAGACAGUGAGACGAAGUGAUAUAGCCUGGUGAAAAAGCUUCAUAUAAAAGGUACUUGAUCUACCUAGGGCAUUACAGAGACUCAAGCUGCCAUUGGGCAAUAAGGGCUGCCAUUCCUGUUCACACUUUUAAUCUGAAUUUAUGCGUUCCAGUCAAAUCUGGAUUGGCACCUCUGGACUGCACCUUCCCUGACCUCAUGUUUCAUUUACCUGUAUGAAACGCAGGUAGAGUGACCAUCUGCAGCCUGUUUGAAUAAUUAUUACACACAUAAACGCUUCUGUAGAUUCCAACACAGUUGCACAGUGCAUAGCAGUGUGAAAUCUGCAGAAGAGUUUAGGAAUGUUUAUGCAUUUUGCAUGCUAAUUUCAUUUGAUGUCCAAUUGUUGCCAAGUUUACAAUUCUGUAGGGCCCUGCUAAUGAAAUCCUGGUGAAUAUAGAAGUGGAGAGACCAGCUAUUGUUUUGUUUUAGUGGAAAAUGUGAUCGUCUAACGCAGUACAAUGUCCUCACUUGUUUUCUCUUUCUUAUUAAUUCUCAAAUUAACUUGAGUAUAUGAUUUUUAUUUUCUCCUUUUUACGGUCACAUUUUAUGAGACUCGGAUUUGUUGCGAAUGCUAGAUGAUGAUGGCAUUCACAAAAAUCAGUACUUGAGAAAACUGUAAAUUAAAUAACAAAAUUGUUGUAAUUAUGCCAAAUGCAAUAUCUUGUCUAUUGUACAUAACAUGUUUUUAACAGAAGAAGUGUAGCUAUAACAAAUUUACAGCUUUGAAUGUUUGAACAGCAAAUUAAGAUGAUAAAUGUCAAAUAUUUAUGUAUUUUGUGAGCGUAGGGAAAAUGAGGUUGAGAAAGCGCCUAACACAUUUACAUUCUAAUGACUUCCUGUCUAAUAAACAUUUCCAGCAAGAACA